AUGGAGAAAAAAAUAAAAACUUGGACUGAGAAAUGGAUUCCAGAAAAUGUUAUUCCAGUUCCUAGAGAAGAUUUCCUUCCUGAUUUAAACCAAAAGGUCUCUGAUCUUAUAAAUAGUAAUUGUACUUGGAAAUUGAAUAUGUUAACUGAUAUGUUUGAUGAUAAUAACGUUCAGUUGAUUAAAUUGAUAGAACCCAAUAAUGUUGGUGACAAUGACAACAUUAAAUGGAUAGGUACUCGUGAUGGAGAAGUCUCUGUCAAAUCUGCUUAUAAUUACCUGUGUAACAGGAAUCAUUUAAAUGUUAAAGUAGAUUGGAUAGGUAUUUGGAAGCUUAAGGUUAUUCCUAGAGUCCAAAUGUCCUUAUGGAAAGCUUGCAGUGACUGUGUACCUGUUAAAGAUGAGUUAGGAAGACAUAUACCAAUAGAUACUCAGUGUAUUCUCUGUAACAAACUAGUGAGUGAAACUACUUACCAUCUGUUCUUAAAUUGUCAUUUUGCUGAAGGUGUCUGGAGGGGUAUGUCUCUCUCUACAGUCUUUUAUAAUGGAAAAUCAAUAUACUUUAAAGAUUGGUGUGUGAAGUGGCUUAAGGAUAAGGAUAAUAAAAAAGUUUAUGCUUAUGUUUUAUGGUUUCUAUGGAAAUACAGAUGUAGAGUGGCUUUUGAUGGCAUUAAACUAAACCUAGUUGGACUGAUAGAAAAGAUUAAGACAGAGUUAAAAAAAUUUAUUAACACUAGUAAUAAUGGUAAUGAUAAACAAAGGUCUAGUUCUAAAAAUAGUUGUGACUGUUUUCAUCCAAACUGUAAAUUUGGAAAGGAUGGUUAUACUUGUAGUGAUCCUCAUUAUAUUAUGUUUGAUGCUUCCUUUAAUAAAUCAAAUUUGAAUUUUGCUUAUGCUGCUGUCUUGUUAGAUUGUAAUGGAGCUAUUCUGAAUUUUGCAGGAGGGACUGGAAGAUGCACAAGUUCAGAAGAAGCAGAAUCAAGAGCUUGCCGAGAAGCAACUAGAUGGGCAAAAGACGCAGGAGUAGAUAGUAUAACCUUUCUAAAUGACAAUCUCAAUGUUAUCAAUGGCAUCAAGAGGAAAAAUUUUGCAGUCAAUUGGAGAAGUGAAGCUUUUAUCCCUAAGGCUUUAGAAAACACCAAUUCUUUUGCUUCUUCUUCUUUCUUUUAUAUCAAAAGGAAUUGUAACUAUAUAGCGGAUAGUUUAGCGAAGUAUUUUCUUAAAUGUGGCUUGUCGGAAAUAGAUUCUAGGAACUGGAGUAAAGAUAGGAAGAAGGUUUUCUUUUCAAAAAUAUGUAAUAUAAACAAUGUAUGUUCUUUUGCUUAG